AUGUGUGAUAGCCGCCUGCUGGAGCUGACAGGCGCGCUCACGCCCAGCGACACCAAGGGGCAGGCGCGCCCGCAGCAGUACCUGGACAAGCUGCAGGUGGAGAGGGAGCGAGGCAUCACAGUGAAGGCACAGACCGCCACCAUGCUCUAUGACUAUGUGCCACCCACACCCACUGGUGAAGACCAGUCUGGUGGUGCCCCUGAUCGCACCGUGGAGAGGGAGCGAGGCAUCACAGUGAAGGCACAGACCGCCACCAUGCUCUAUGACUAUGUGCCACCCACACCCACUGGUGAAGACCAGUCUGGUGGUGCCCCUGAUUGCACAGCAACAGGAAGCCAGUCUGGUCCCGGUCCCCCUCCCGGGAGGUACCUGCUGAACCUGAUAGACACGCCCGGCCACGUGGACUUCAGCUACGAGGUGUCUCGCUCGCUGGCCGCCACGCAGGGCGUGCUGCUGCUGCUGCUGCUGGUGCUGGCCCUGGUGGAGAGGGAGCGAGGCAUCACCGUGAAGGCACAGACCGCCACCAUGCUCUACGACUACGUGCCACCCACACUGACUGAUGGGGACCAGUCUGGUCCAGGUCCCCCUCCCGGGCGGUACCUGCUGAAUCUGAUUGACACGCCCGGCCACGUGGACUUCAGCUACGAGGUGUCUCGCUCGCUGGCCGCCACGCAGGGCGUGCUGCUGCUGGUGGACGCGCAGCAGGGCAUUCAGGCGCAGACCGUCGCCACUUUCUUCCUUGCUCUGGAAGGAGAUCUGGCGAUCGUGCCGGUGGGCGUGCUGUUGCUGGUGGACGCGCAGGAGGGCAUCCAGGCGCAGACCGUCGCUAACUUCUUCCUGGCUCUCGAGGGGGACUUGGCGAUCGUACCCGUGGUGAAUAAGAUUGACAGACCCGACGCCGACCCUGAAGCCAUCCGUUGCCUCUCAGGUCUCGAGCACCUUCGAUUCAACCUGCCUCUCGCCUGCUGCCUCUUCACCUCAGCCCGCACUCUCCCUUUCAUUGUUCCUCCACUCCCCCCAUUCCCUCUCUCAGCUGUCGCUGCCCAAAUUGCCUCCACCUUCGACCUACCCCUUACCUCCUGCCUCUUCACCUCAGCCCGCACGGGAGCCGGCCUCCCUUUGCUGCUCUCACACACCCUUUUCGUCUCCCUCCCAUCCUCUCCCCCUCUUUUCCCCUCACCAACCUCCCUCCCCUCGUGUGCCAGCCGUUGCCUCUCAAAUCGCCUCCACCUUCGACCUGCCGCUCACCUCCUGCCUCUUCACCUCGGCCUCAAUUCUCCCCCCUCUCCUUGUUCCCCUACUCCCCCCUCUCCUGCUCCCCCUCGCAGCUGUCGCCUCUCAAAUCGCCUCCACCUUCGACCUACCUCGCGCCUCCUGCCGCUUCACCUCAGCGCGCACGGGAGCCGGCCCGCCUUCCCUUCUCUCACACACCCUUUUCGUCCCCCUUCCACCCGCUCCUUCCCCACACCAGUUGUCGCCUCUCAAAUCGCCUCCACCUUCGACCUGCCCCUCACCUCCUGCCUCUUCACCUCGGCCCGCACGGGCGCCGGCCUCCCCUCCCUUCUCUCCGCCAUCGUGCGCCAGAUACCACCUCCCCCAGGCGACCCUGCCGCGCCGCUGCGCGCGCUGCUAUUGGACGCGCACUUUGACGAGUACAGGGGCGUGGUGUGCCACGUGGCAGUGGUUGAUGGGGCGAUCAGGGAGGGCGAGAAGGUGGCGGUGGCAGGGAUGGGGAUGAGCUAUGACGUGGGGGAGGUGGGGGUCAUGUACCCUGAGGCAACGCCUACAGGCUGUCUUCUUACCGGCCAGGUUAGCCGUUUAAAGGCCAGUGCAAGCAUGGGAGGGCGAGAAGGUGGCGGUGGCAGGGAUGGGGAUGAGCUAUGGCGUGGGGGAGGUGGGGGUCAUGUACCCCGAGGCUACUCCUACCGGCUGCCUACUUACUGGCCAGGUGAGUGGGGGGAUGAAUGUGUGUGUGCGUGUGUAUAUGGGCGGGUGGCGGUGGCAGGCAUGGGGAUGAGCUAUGACGUGGGGGAGGUGGGUGGGGGUCAUGUACCCCGAGGCAACACCCACAGGGUGUCUGCUUACUGGCCAGGUGAGUGUGAGAAGGCUUGUUUAAGUUCCGGUGCAUGCCCGGGAGGGGGAGCGGGUGGCGGUGGCAGGGAUGGGGAUGAGCUACGACGUGGGGGAGGUGGGGGUCAUGUAUCCCGAGGCUACUCCCACAGGGUGCCUGCUAACCAGUCAAGUGAGUGUGAGAAGGCUUGUUUGAGUUCCGGUGCAUGCCAGGGAGGGAGAGAGGGUGGCGGUGGCAGGGAUGGGGAUGAGCUACGACGUGGGGAGGACUUGGACAACAAGGGAGGCAAGGAAGCACGCAUAGGAGACACCAUACACCACCAUAAAGCCCUGGUCUCGCCCCUGCCGGGCUUCAGGGCGGCGCAGCACAUGGUGUUUGCAGGGGUGUUCCCGGCCGAUGGCUCUGACUUUGAGGCUCUGGCUAAAGCGGUUGACAAGCUGGUAAGGGGGAGAGGGAAGGGCGAGGCGGGCUGGGAGGGAGCGCAGCACAUGGUGUUUGCGGGGGUGUUCCCGGCCGAUGGGUCUGACUUUGAGGCGCUGGCUAAAGCAGUGGAUAAGCUGGUGUGCAACGAUGCGAGCGUGGCCGCGCAGGCCAAGGCGGUGGACAAGCUGGUGUGCAACGAUGCCAGCGUGGCCGUUAUCCGCCACAGCAGCGCUGCCCUGGGCGCUGGAUUCAGGUGCGGCUUCCUGGGUCUGCUCCACAUGGACGUGUUUCACCAGCGCCUGCAGCAGGAGUUUGGCGCCGAGGUUAUUUCCACCGCUCCCUCCGUGCCGGCAAUAUUUGAAUACGCCGAUGGCACUCGCAUAGAAGCCCAGGGCCCAUCAGACAUCCCAUCCAUCCCCAAGCAGCGAGUGGUUCGCUGCACCGAGCCCUUCGUGCUUGCCACCGUCGUCACGCCCUCCAAGUAUGUGGGGCCAAUCAUGGAGCUCUGUGCGAGUAGGAGGGGCGAGCAGAAGGAAUACUCGUUUAUUGACGGCGACCGGGCGAUGCUGAGGUACGACAUGCCAGUGAGGGAGGUGGUGAUGGAUUUCUACAGCCACCUCAAGAGCAUCUCGUCGGGCUUUGCCACAUUCGACUAUGAAGAUGCCGGCAUGAGGGAGGCGGAUCUGGUGAAGGUGGAUGUGAUGCUGAACGGCAAGCCAGUGGACGCACUGGCAGCCAUCGCCCACAGGGAGGCAGCGCAGCGCAUGGGGAGGAAAUUGGUGGAGCGGCUGAAAGGGGUGCUCGACAGCGGAUCGAUCAUGGGAUCGUCGUCUGUAAUGGAGGAGGUGCGGAAGGUGAUGGCGAUGGUGACGGAGGGCAACGAGCAGCUGCAGCAGGCGCAGGAGCAGGCAUCCGCCGCCAUUCGCGAGACCACCGCGGCCGCGCGACAGCAGAUGGCGGUCAUGGAAGCCGCAGCGUCGGAACACCUGCAAGAAGCCAAGGCGUCCCUUGAGGUGGCUAGUGAGGUGUACACACAGUAUGAGGAUGUUUUCUUCCACCACCUCAAGAUGGGAGUCUAUCUGGCCUCGGAGCAUCGCGUUGCCUCGUCUGCAGCGCUGCUCUCUGCUCUCGCUUUCCUCCUUCCAGGGCCACGCAAGAUGCUGUAUCGUGCAACAUUCGGCCGAUUUCAAACCCCAGAGGUGCUGGUGGAGUCAGCAGAGCGUAAGCUAGAGGGCUUGAAGCAGUCAGUCGAAGUCUUUAAGAAUGACACCAAGAAGCUGCAGGAACGGGCUCAAAUGGCGGAGUCAGAGUUCCUGUCAGGCCGAGACAAGCUGAAGGCUGCAGGGGCUGAGAUGCAACGGCUGGCAGGGUCGGUACGGGCAGCGGAGAAGAAAUCCCUGGGGCUGCGUGAGCUUCUAAAAGACCUGCCUGCGAGAGACAGUGUUCGGCUCCGAUCAGAGCUGGCCAUGGCAACCCGAGAGGCUCAACGUCAGCUGCAUGCCAUCAACAAAUCAACCGUGCAUGUGGCUCGUCUCGGCAUCCCCAUCUAG